AGAGAAACUAAAAAUAUGGUCUUUUAUACACGAGGUCGUGUUAGAGUCAGUAUGGCCGUGUCGGCGAUUGGUAUAUCUCAGUGUAUAAGGAAUCCUAGUUUCUUGUGUCCUCUCUUUUGUCAUCUUAUGUCCUGCAUUUUUGCAAUAUCAUGCAUUAUUUUUGCAUAUCAUGUUGCCUGUGCGGCGCUACAAAAAGUGUAGCACGACACACGGCUGCGUAGCAGGCUUCGUGGAUUUUGUCAUGUCCUUUUUUGAGAGGAACCGUUUUAGCGAGGCGUCAGCGUUGUGGCGCUGUCGCCGUGUGUGGUUCGCAGGAACAGUAUAGGCAGUUAAAAGAACGUAUAGUGAGUCUCUGUAAAUCGACGGCUGUGUUCAGACCGAAACGCACUCCGCUCUAAUGGAACCCGAACGUAAUUCGACAUCAGAAUGGAUGGACAAUGGCGUGCCAUCAUGGAAUUGCAAAAUAAAAAUUUUAUCGAUCUUGUGCGAGCCAUUAAAACAACGGAACCUGGUGCAGGGCAGAGCAAAUCCGUGCACCUACCCAAAUUCAACCCAGACAAGGCAGGUGCCAUCGCUUCAUCGUGGUGUUCAACGGUGGAAGUAAUAUUACAAGAAAAUACGUUGAAAGGCAGUGCGUUGGUUCUGGCUUUAAGUUCAGCAUUGGAGGGUAGCGCUUCGCAAUGGCUGUCCCAAGUGUGCUAUGCUGAUAUAACCAGGCUCGAGUUCAAGGAAUUCUUCAUACAGCGCUUUGAUACUUUAGAAACACCAGCCGCUAUGUUUCUAAAUAUGCUGACAAAGCGACCGACUGAUGGCGAGUGUCUCGCGCUGCACGCAAGCCGCAUGGUUACAGAACUAACGACGAAAUGGCGUGAAAUGGAGAAAGAAGAAAUUGCUGUGUCCGUGACUCUCGCAUUUCUGGCAAGCUUUGAUAACCGUUUGCAGCGUUUAAGUUUCACAUCAAAUGUUCGAACCAGUCUACAGUCCGAAUUAAAAGCGUUCACAUUUAAUAAAAGGAAAAGUGGCUUUGUGGAGCAUCAAUCUGAAGUUUAUCCAAAACGACAAAAGCAAUCUUUGAUCGAGUGUCAUUUUUGUGGAAAAUUAGGCUACAAAAUGUUUGAAUGCAAACUCAAGAAACAACAACAUCACCUUGCUAAUGACAAAGAGCGACAUGUCAGACACGAUGAACAUCGACGUGAAAAAUCAAAUGUAACUUGCUACAAGUGUGGAGACUGGAAGCUGAUAGAAACAAGACAUUCAGCGUUGCAGUACCUAAGGGAAGCAUGAACCACAGAGGACACAUUUUUUAAGUCACCUUUGAUUCCGGAGCUGAAUGCUCACUGAUAAAAGAAAAGCUAAGUGCUAAGUUUUCUGGUAAACGAUUAAAUAAUAUUGUUAUGUUAAAAGGCCUAGGCAGUAAUGGAAUAUGUAGUACUGUACAAGUUUUAAGUAACGUUAAGAUUAAUGUCAAUUUUAUUGAGAUUUUGUUUCAUGUAGUAGGCGAUGAUCACAUGCAAAACGAUAUCGUCAUUGGGCGUGAAAUACUUAAGCAGGGUUUUGAUAUUGUCAUUUCAUCCAACAAAUUUACAAUUUCAAGAGCCAAAAUAAUUAAUUUGUUUACCGGUUCUGAGUCAGUUGAUAUUUAUACC